AUGCGUAUUCAUAAAGUCGUCCCGGAAGAGACCCGAUUUUCUGAUGCGCUUGAGAUUGCGAGGUUUCUGUUGCAAGCAUUUCAAGGAGACCAGACUUUCAGAGUUCUGUUGGGGCCGUUAUACUUCCCCCCUCUGCCAACUCGAUCUACUUAUUAUUACAACAAAGUGCUGCUUUAUUUGGCGUUCAGGUGGUGGAUUAUUAUCAGGGAUGGAUCAACGUGUAGCUGGAAACUCCUUGGACCUGAUGAUCAAUUGGUGGGAUUUUGCUCGUGGGUGUUGCCGGCAUCGAUGAAACCGACUCAGUCAUGGUGGCAGCAGUUCAGUAAUUCGGUGCUUAACGCCAUUUUCCAUGUGUUGCGACGUAUGAUAUCACUUGGCGACGGAUACCAAUCGUUAUCGGCACGAAAACGCCGUCUUGGUCCACUUUUCCAAGAAAUCGAUGACGAAAUUGGCUGGCUCAAGGUCGAUCGAACCAAGCUGGCACGUCUAGACCAACAUGCAUUAUCUGAAAGCUUGUAUCACAGAGAUGACAUCUGGUGGUGUACUACUAUGGCAAUUGAUCCAGAGCAUCAAAGAAAAGGCUUGGGGUAUACCCUUUUCAACCACAGUCUUGAACACCUCGAACCCUUUUAUCCUGUUUUCUCAGACGGCGGUUUAGCCACUACGGGGCCAGCUAAAUACGGCCUAUGUGCAUCUGAGGACGGCCGUAAUCUCUAUGUAAAGAGUGGGUUUACACACUAUCAGACCUGCAGGAGGAAACUCGAGGGAGAAGAACUACUUCGAUCUAUCUAUUUCAGAACAUUGUUCUGA